AUGGUUCUCGAUGAGGAUAAUGAGAAACAGAUGAUCUUAUUAAGAAAAAAACGUGGAGUGGUGAAGGCCUCAUUAACACGACUUCGUAAUUUUGUAAAGGAAUUUGAUCACAAUGAACAGUCAAUCUCUCUCCUCGAGUUUCGUCAAGAAGAAUUACCUAAUAUAAAUAAAAAAUUUGACGCAGUUCAAUGUGAGAUUGAGUUAAUUACGGAAGAACCAGAGAAGGAAGAAGAAGAACGAGCAUUAUUUGAAAGGAACUACUUCGAAACAAGAUCUCAAAUGCAAGAAAUCAUCAACACCCGGAGCUCUUCAAGUACGGUAGGGCCAAAUACAUCGUUUGGAUCGUCAAGUAAUACAAACCGGGUUAGAUUGACACCUAUACCUCUGCCCACAUUUAACGGUGACAUUGAAAACUGGGAGGCCUUUUAUGAUGUUUUUCGCGCGUUGGUUCACAAUGAUGAAGGGCUUACGUCAGUACAAAAAUUAUAUUAUUUAAGAUCCUGUUUGAGUGGCCCAGCUUUAGAUAUCGUUAGUUCAAUCCCGAUGGUCGACGGAAAUUAUGAGGUGUUUACCGAACGGCUGAAGCAGAGAUAUGACAACAGAAGCCUCGUGAUACAGACGCACAUAAGAGCGCUUCUUGAUGCACCUCGUGUAGAUACCGCUACCAUAGAAGCGUUACAAUUACUACAUUCACACAUUGGAAGUCAUGUAGCUGCGCUUAAGGCCUUAGGCCAACCAAUAGAGCAGUGGGACGCAUGGCUAGUUACCAUUAUUCUAAGGUGUCUUGACAAGAAUACGGCACAUGAGUGGCAGCUUCGACAAGAGGACUCGCAAUUACCCAAGUACAUAGACAUAGAAAGGUUUUUAGCCAGAAGAUGUAUUGCAUUUGAAAAUUCAAACUCGGAAAUACAGUCACGAUCUCAUAGUCAACCAAUGGCAACAGGCCAACACCAAUCAACUAGUAAACAAAGAAAGUCGGAGAAAACUACCAAAAUGGCAUUUUUAGUCACUGGAAGGGGUCAGACCACAAAAUGUCCAUGCUGUACCGGGUUGCAUAGGAUAUAUGCGUGUGACAAGUUUAAGGACUUGAGUAUAAAUGAUCGUCUAAAUAUUAUACGAGACACUCAUUUAUGUUUUAAUUGUUUGUCCGCGUAUCAUACAACGAAAACAUGCAAGUCAAACGGUUCAUGUGGAGAGUGUGGGUUGAAGCAUAAUACUCUACUACAUUUCUCAAAAAGUGUAUCCGAUGACCAGAAGGUUAGCAAUACAAGUGAAGGAGAAUCAUCUGCAACUGGUGCGUUAUCAGCUACCUUAUGGUCAUCAGGGAACCGUUAUGCAUUUUUAGCUACAGCACAAGUGAUCGUCAAAAAUACAAAUGGAAUGCAGUUCAUAUGUCGUGCCGUGUUAGACAGCGGCGCUCAAGUGAAUUUUAUAUCUAAAAGGUUACAAAACGUACUUAAACUAUCAGGAGAAAGGGUUGCAUUGCCAGUGAGUGGAAUCGGUUCAAGCAGAACACAAUCGACUACAAGGGUAGACAUCAAGGUUUGUUCCCGAGUAUCACCAUUCCAAGCUAACAUAUCAUGUUACGUGUUACCAUCAAUUGUCAACACAUUAUCAUCAAGUACAAGACCCUCAGACGGCUGGGGAAUCAAAAAAAAUAUACUCUCACAGUUAGCUGACCCUCAGUUCGACCAAGCAGGUACCAUCGAUAUGUUAAUGGGUGCAGGAAUAUUUUUUGAGUUGUUAGAGUCAGAAAGGAUUCCGCUUCAAACUAGUAAUCUCACAUUACAAUCCACAAAAUUAGGCUGGGUUAUGACCGGAGAGUUUAACGUUAAUUGCUUAGUGAGUAUUGGAGCGUCACUAGAAGACGAAUGGCGAACAAUGAAAACAGAUCAAGGAUUGUUCGGUAGGUUAUCCAAGGCCAAUAAGCGUCAUGUAGAAGAACAGGAAACGGUAUGA